CACAGUAACGGGAGACUUGGAGGUAGUUUAGGCCGUACUUUGUUGAUAGGGUCGAAGAACAGCGAUACUGAUGCCCGCGGAGCACUGGAAAGAGGAAGCCGAAGCCAGCCUUGGUAACUUGUAAAAGCCUAUCGCCAUGGAACUGAGUCUGAACCGGAUGGAUUACCUGCAGGUGGGUGUGACAUCCCAGAAAACCAUGAAGUUGCUCCCUACGUCAGGACGCAAAGCUACACAGAAGGUUGUCACUGGAGACCAUGAUGGUGUUAUUACCUGCUUUGGAAUAAAAAAAGGAGAAGCUAUUCCAAUAUUCAAGACUUUGCCAGGGGAAAAGAUUGCAAGGCUAGAACUGGGAGGUGCUCUUAAUACUCUCCAGGAGAAAAUUUUCGUGGCUGCUGGUUCUGAGGUUCGAGGUUUCACAAAGAAAGGGAAACAGUUUCUUUCCUUUAAUACCAACCUCACUGAGAACAUCAAAGCUAUGUAUAUAUCUGGAUCAGAUCUCUUUCUUGGUGCAAGCUACAUUUAUAACCAUUAUUGUGACUGUAAGGAUCAGCACUACUACCUCUCAGGAGAUAAAAUCAAUGAUGUUCUCUGUCUUCCAGCAGAUAAACUAUCUUGCAUUAUACCUGUAUUAGCAUGUCAAGAUAGAGUUCUUAGAGUUUUGCAGGGUUCAAAUUUGCUGUAUGAAAUGGAAGUCCCAGGUCCACCUGCUGUUCUGGCCUUGAACAGUGGAAAUGGUGGUGACUCUGGUGAAGAAGUUUUGUUUGGGACAUCUGAUGGCAAAAUUGGCUUGGUACAGAUUACUGGUGUUUCUCCAAUAGAAAAGUGGAAAAUUGGAAAUGAGAAAAAAAGAGGUGGCAUAUUAUGUAUGGAUAGUUUUGACAUUUUGGGAGAUGGAGUUAAAGAAUUGCUCAUUGGUAGAGAUGAUGGAAUAUUAGAGAUCUAUAACUUUGAAAAUGCAAAGAGCCCUGUUCUCAAAUACGAAUAUGCUUUGUCAGAGAGUGUCACUUCCAUCCAAGGUGGCUGUGUUGGAAAAGAGGGCUAUGAUGAGAUUGUAACGACAACAUAUUCAGGAUGGGUAUCUGGAUUAACUACAGAACCUAUUCACAGAGAAUGUGGAUCAGGGGAUGGAUUAAAGAUGACUCAUGAAAUGCAGAACAAAGUUUUGUCCUUAAGGAAUGAAUUGGAACAGUUACAGAUGAAAGUACUUCAAGAACGUGAAAAAUACCAGCAGUCAUCUCAGUCCAGCACUGCUAUUUCAGCAGUCCCAACAUUCAGUGUAAAUGAUAAGUUUACAUUAAACAAAGAUGAUGCCAGUUACAGCCUUGUUUUAGAGGUCCAGGCAGCAAUUGAUACUGUCUUGCUACAGUGUGAUGUUCCUAUAGACCUAAAGGAUGUGGAUAAAAAUUCAGCUGUCGUUAGUGUUAUUGACUGUGAAUCUGAGCCAAAUGGUAACUUCCUCCUUGCUACUUAUCGGUGUCAAGUAAAUACUACACGACUGGAACUUAAGAUUCUGUCAAUUGAAGGUCGCUAUGGAACUCUGCAAGCAUAUGUAACGCCAAGAGUUCAACCCAAAACCUGUCAAGUUCGGCAGUAUCAGAUUAAGCCUCUUUCGCUUCAUCAGAGGACACACUGCCUUGACCGUGAUAGACCUAUGAAUACAUUGACCCUCAAAGGACAAUUCAGUUUUGCCGAAGUUCAUUCCUGGAUUGUAUUUUGUUUGCCUGAAGUUCCUGAAAAGACACCAGUGGGGGAGAGUGUCAGCUUCUACUUUCAGAACACUUUUUUGGAUACACAGCUUGAAUGUACUUACCGGAAAGGUGAGGGCUAUUUCAAAUCUGACAAUAUAUCCACAAUAUCCAUUCUCAAGGAUGUGCUCUCCAAAGAAGCCACUAAAAGGAAAAUUAACCUCAAUAUAUCAUGUGAUAUAAAUGAAGCAUCUGUGAAUCACACCUUAAAGCUUAUCCAUCCAAAAUUAGAGUACCAACUGAUGUUGGCUAAAAAAGUUGAACUAAUAGAUGCUUUAAAAGAGUUGCAGGCUCAUGAAGGUAACAUGGAUUUCCUGAUUCCAGAAUACCGCAGUAUUUUGGAAGAGGCAGAUCAGUUGCUCAAAGAACACAAGAAACAGCCAACAUCCCUUGAAAGACUUUAUGGUAUGAUUACUGAUUUAUUCAUAGACAAAUUUAAGUUCAAAGGUACAAAUGUAAAAACCAAAGUUCCUCUACUCCUGGAAAUUUUGGGAAGCUAUGACCAAAAUACAUUGCUUGCAUUUUUUGAUAGUGCUAUCUGAACUAGAAGAACUGAAAAAGCAGUGAACAAUUUUUUAAGAGAAGAUACCAAGAUGUAGACAAAGAAAACUGGUGUUUCAUUUACCUAGUUUUAAAUAUAUAUCACAGUGCUUUUAUUUCUAUUGUACAUAUUUGAGAGAAUCUUGUUAUAUUUAUUAGUCACUGUUUUUAAAAAUUGGGUAUGACAAUUUUCAGAAACCUUUUAUAUGAAAAUGCAAUUAUUUUUGCUCAGCUGUGUUCUGUGAUACCACAAUUUAUACAUAGACUAGAUACAGUAGGUAUGUAGGUAGGUAGAUAGAUAAUUCUAAACUGCCAGUUGCCAUCAUGGGGCUUGAGGAGCCCAUUACACAUUUUUUAAUAUCAGGAUUCCUUCUUUGGAGUAAAUGGAGUGACAUAUAGAGUGGCUGUUCUGCUCCCAUGCCCUCCCCCAAAUUGGAUUAACUCUGGAUUACUUUCCAUGGUUGGGAGUGAAGAGUAUAGGAAUCAGGCUGAGAAAUGAUUGGGUUGUGAUGGAGAACAGCAACCCUUUGGGGAAGGAAGCCUGGUGAUGGUUGUAAGUGCAGAGAUGAUUGAGAUGGUGAAGAGAAAUAGUAUGUGCAGAAAAAUAGAGUUGUAAAGAAGAAUGUGAAGGUGGACAAGAAGAAGGAAGGAAGAAUAUGGAAGGGAAAUUGAAUGAAGGAGCACAUUAGAGACAAGAAGAAUGAUAAAAUGGUGAUAUGCAGCAUGGUUGGUGAGAAUGUGAGAAUAUCUGGAGAAGUAUAUAGAUGAAAAAAAAUUCAAAUGGACAAUUUUUGUAUGAGACUGGAGGAAAAGUUGAUGGAGAUGGCAGCGUAUACAUUGGACAAGUAGUAUAAGACAAGCAGUGGAAAGCAGUGACUUGCUGCUUCUGCUGCCACUGCCAGCAAUUUGCUGUUAAAUACUGAGGCUCUUGUAAGGGAUUUUGCUGAGAGAUUAGAGAAUCUGGCAUGUGUGAUUACUGUUGACAGGCCCUUGGUUGUUCCCUCCAGGAACAUCCAAGAAAGGGGGUUAGUGAGGAAAAGUAGUAGGCUUCUCACUCUUCCGGUAAGAGACAGAACUGAGAGGGAAUAGCCUAACCCCAUCCUGGAGUAAGAAUGGCCUUUGUGAAAGGAAAGACAGGGAAAGGUUGAGACUGUUGGGCUAGAUGAAUUCUAGUUGAGUGUUAGGGAUAUUUUAUUCCAUUUUGUUGGCUAGCAGAGCAGUAUUAGCUGGAUUGCCUAUACCAGCUUAAGGCAAUGGGGAGAGUAGGCACUACAGCUCAAGGCUUGGCAGAUGGAGAUCAGACAUUUAGAUAUGUCAUUUAGGUGGGAGAGUGGGAAGCAGAUUUUAACAGUGACCAGCAGAGGAAGAUAUAAGGGUAGGUGCUGGGCUGGUUGUUUCAGGAGAAGCAUAAUGGGCACUUUGGUGCCAGUCCCCUAUUCUAGCCCAGUAGUGUUUUUUAUUCCUCCAAGGUUCUGUACCCACUGGACACUGUGGCCUCAUGCUGUUGCUAAGUGCCAGAUUUAUUUGUAAUAUGAUUGUUACAAAUCAUAUUCCUCCAUGAUUUGAUGCUGGGGUCAGAGGCAGCUCAGAAGUUCUCCUCAAAUUAUGAGUUUGUUUUAACUCUUAUCCAUGUAAGUGAGCACAUACUGGAUCUAGUUUUUACCUUGAAGCAACUGGAGCAUGAUCUGAAGGUAGAAGAGAGAGUUAUUUGUCCUUUGUCACUGUCAGAUGACUUCCUGGUCAGCCUGAGGUUAGUCACUACAGUUGGCCUCUGCAUGGGUGGGGAUGAAUUAAGAGAUCCACCCCAGAGACUUGAUGGUGGUUGGGAAGUUUCUGAUGGGCAGUUUUUCUACCACCCUGGUUAAUUUCUGUAAUAAGGAGGCUGCUAGGGCAUUGAAUAGGAUUGCAGUCUUGCAGCCUGUUCCUGACCAUUGGCUCUAGAGGGGUUGCUCUCUCCCAAAAGGAGUACAUUGCAACUUGGGAAAGCUGCUAGAUUGGCAGCUUCUCCUAAACCAGCAGGUAGUAGCUGUGGCUAGGGAUACCUUGCCCCGUUUUAGCUGGUUUGCCAUUUCGUUCUUUUUGGGAGGAUUACUGUAAUGCAUUCUACCUACGGCUGCCCUUGAGUACUACCCAGAAUCUGCAGUAGAUAAAAAAGUAGCAGUCUGCAUGUUGUUAUGUGUAAGCUGAUUUGGCAAUGUUUGUGGGCACUGCACUGGUUUUAGUAGGUUUCAGAGUAUAAUUCAAAGUGCUGGCUUUACCUUAUAUUGCUCUACAGGGUAAAGGUUCAGGAUGCCUGCCACACCAUCUCCUCCAAAUUGACUUUGUCUGGCUUCUCCAGUCUGCUUGAGAAGGGAUGUUACAGACUCCCUUAGUAUGCGAGGUGAAGGAAGGGGGUGGGAGCCCAAAAGCAAUGCUUCUCUGUUACUGCCCCAGCCCUCUAGGAUAUGUUCCUGCAUGAGAUCUGGCUAAUCCUGUUUUAGUCACCUUUUGGAAGGUAGUUAAAACAGCUUUUCAGAUAGGCCUUCAGGCUAAUAACCAUGCAGUGCUUCUGAUCCAAUUGGCUGUGAAUCAUUUUAAAUUUUAUUGGUGUUUUUAAAGAGUUACGAUAUUUAUGGCUUCUAUUUUUAUUUGAUUUGUAAACCGCAUACAGAUGUGUAAUUGUGAUGGUAUAAAAAUACUGGAAAUAAAUAAAUCAGUAUCAGCUGCAAAUAGCUUUAGAAAACUGGGCAGUAACUUUGCAUUUUAAAGCCUAUCCUAGAAAUAUAAGAAAAUACUAAGGAAGAUAAAUCAAGUAGGAAAGUAACAUAUGAGCUUUAGAAUGAACCUGGCAUAAACACUGGGCGGAAAAAAAUGUAAAGGAUACCUAUGCCUCCAAUGUAGAUAAAGAAUUGGAAAAGGGGAAUCCACCUGGGACACAUUCUGUAAAAUUCAAGAGGUACGAAUGACAACUCUUGAGAAACAUUUCAGAGGCAGCAGGUAAUUUUGUACAAUAGCUGUUUUGCUUCCAGAAGUUUAUUUUGCUGAAAAAAUUCCUUUGCUAUUUAAAAAAGAUUUGCUAUUGCAAUUUCCCCCACCAUCCUCCCUUAAGGUAUACUUGUACUGUAUUUGAAUUGCACUUGUAAGCUGUUUUGCUAACUACUACUGUAGUCUUUGAAGAAGUUUAAGGGGCUAGUGUUCUUAAGUGGUAAGUCCUGAAAAACAAAUUAGGCUGAGAGGUUUUUUUAUUGAAUGUAUAUUCUACCAGCAUUGGUACUGAGAGCUGACCCAGCGAGUCUACAGUACAUGAUUUAAGUUCAACCUCUAAUGUAAGAAUAGUAUAGCAAACAGAAUAUGAUUGGAAUCCCAACUACUAAAUACAUGCUCAUGAAAAUUCUGUCAGUUGCAAGUUUGUACCUAGUGAAUAGAAUCUGCC